GGUGGUGUAUUUUCUUCGCUUUUCUUCCCAUAAAGAACAUCACUGUAAGUAAUGGAUCCUGGUUAUUUAUGCCUUUUAUCAAUAAUUUGGUUUAACUUGGCGCAAUUACAGAAUCUUCAACCAAAGUCAUUUGCAAUGACUGAGAUAGAAUUAUUGGAGAUUUGUGUUGUUGCGAAUGGCCACAGCACUGCUGCGGCUGUUUUGAAUGCGUCUCUGUUUCUUUUCCUUUAAUUGACAAGCUACUUGUUUAAUUCUACCAGUGGAAACAAUGGAAUACCCUCGCAGAACACAAACCGAUCACGUUGUACACCUGGCCAUAUCUCGCAACAAGCCUGGACGCGAAGACGAAGACAAUGCCACCGUCGCAUACGGGAUCAUAUGGCGAGGGGAUACAAAGAAACCAAUGACAAAACUACUUACUGGCAUGCCAUAUUACACGCUCAAGCCUGAACUUAUAGCAGUUCGCGACGCACUAAGCUCCUGUGAUCCGCAUGAAAGCAUCAGUAUUGUUCCAAACAAUACUCUUGUGGAACAAUAUUUGGCCGGGGACGAGAUUAACGAAGCCUUUAUCCCCGACAUGCAAGACCUGAGAACUCAAGUGGACCAGUUGAGAAAAAAUCAUGUUGCUGAUAUCCGAAUACUCACUCAUACGCUAAAAAGCUAUACACGAGAUGCCAAGAAAUUAGCAAAUGCUACUCGCAAAGCUGCUAGCUCCAUGGAACAGCCGAUGAGAAUACAACCAGCAGAUCACAGCGCCAAACCUUUACAUAUCGAUGGUGAUGGACCUCAAUCUGUACGUGGUGGAUUUUCAGAUCAUGCUGCUGGAAGUGCUCACAUCCCCCAUCGUUCCGUGACACAGCCGGCAACAAUGCCCGAGAUUCAGGCUCAAUCACGAGAAGAACCGCCUACGACGACAACACUAUCAAGCAGUGACGAUGAAUUCAUGGAGUGUGAAUCCAGCAUGCCAAGUAGCUCAAUAUUUGACAAGCCUCAACACAUGUCAUCAACUCUACCUCCCCUCCCACCAUCUAAACCUAGUGCGCCUGUUGCUACUGCUACUUCUCGAUCUCUUUCUCCCACGGUUGCUGCACCCCCGAUACGACCAAUUAGGAUCAACACUAAUACCUCCCAAUUACCAUUUCGUCCACCACAACAGCAGACGAUGGAACAAAAUACGUUCCUAAGACGACUGUAUAGGUCCGAAAACCAAGCUAUUGCUCGUCGGCGACAAGCACAAGCAAUGAGGAUACAAAAGCGUAUAAGAUAAAAAAGCCCAAAACCAGUUGCACCUCCUCCCCUUACAUAAGUUUCAUCAAUGGCAUAGUUGCAUAGCCUAUAAGCAACUUCUCUUUAUGAUAUCAUAUAUUCACAUUGCACAUUAAGCAUUCUCUCUGUAUUGCAAAUGACCAAAAAAAUUGAAAACUCAUAUCGUGAAUUUAGUUUACAGUAUAUGUUUUUUAUCAAUGAAAUCGAAUUGCACAUGUCACAGGAGAUAGUGAAGAGCUUUAGCUGCUUGUUUUUUCUCAUCUGACUGGCUAUGUCUGUACUGC